AGAAAACAAAAGUGUGCUCUCUGCUUUGCUUUGGUUCAUUUCACAUGUGCGUAUCAAUUUUCUAGAAACAAUUCUCAUUUUUGUUUGAUCGAUAUUCCAAAAAAAUAAAAUUCAAACUAAUUCCAACUUGUAGUUGAUAUAUUUUUAAAUAAAAUAAAAAUGAAAAUCGAAGAAGUUAAAAGCACUGUCCGCACGCAGCGUAUCGCUGCUCAUAGUCAUGUCAAAGGUUUAGGAUUAGACGAAACUGGCGCUCCAAUUUCCAUAGCAGCCGGUUUAGUUGGUCAAAAAAAUGCUAGAGAGGCAGCUGGAAUCGUUGUCGACUUGAUAAAAUCAAAAAAAAUGGCCGGAAGAGCUCUUUUACUCGCCGGUCCUCCAGGAACCGGCAAAACUGCUAUCGCCCUUGCCAUUGCACAAGAACUUGGUAAUAAAGUUCCAUUUUGUCCAAUGGUUGGCUCUGAAGUAUUUAGUAGUGAAAUAAAAAAGACUGAAGUUCUGAUGGAGAAUUUCCGUCGUUCGAUUGGUUUGAGAAUUCGUGAAACAAAAGAAGUUUACGAAGGCGAAGUCAUUGAAUUGACUCCGGUCGAAACUGAAAAUCCAAUGGGUGGUUAUGGCAAGACAAUAAGUAAUGUUGUCAUUGGUUUAAAAACUGCCAAAGGCACAAAACAAUUGAAACUUGAUCCAAGUAUAUUUGAAUCACUUCAAAAGGAAAAAGUUGAAGUUGGUGAUGUUAUUUAUAUUGAGGCAAAUAGUGGAGCUGUUAAGAGACAAGGUCGUAGUGAUAGUUUUGCUACUGAAUUUGAUUUGGAAACAGAAGAGUAUGUUCCAUUGCCGAAGGGAGAAGUUCAUAAGAAGAAGGAAGUUAUUCAAGAUGUUACAUUGCAUGAUUUGGAUGUGGCUAAUGCUCGGCCGCAGGGUGGACAGGAUGUGCUGUCGAUGAUGGGACAAUUGAUGAAGCCGAAAAAGACUGAAAUUACAGAUAAACUGAGAAUGGAGAUCAACAAAGUUGUUAACAAAUACAUCGAUCAGGGUAUAGCUGAGCUUGUACCUGGUGUACUCUUCAUCGAUGAAAUUCACAUGCUUGAUUUGGAGACAUUUACAUAUUUACACAAGUCUCUUGAGUCACCAAUUGCCCCAAUUGUCAUAUUUGCCACAAACCGUGGACGUUGUGUUAUCAGAGGAACAAACGACAUUUCAUCACCUCAUGGCAUUCCAUUAGAUUUGAUUGAUCGUCUUCUUAUCAUUCGCACUCUUCCAUACAACACAUCUGAGAUGGAACAAAUUAUCAAAUUACGUGCUCAAACUGAAGGAUUGCAGCUGGAAGAAAAUGCUUUUUCACAACUCAGUGAAAUUGGAAGUGCAUCAACACUCAGAUAUGCCGUUCAAUUACUUACUCCAGCUCACCAAAUGAGCAAAGUUAAUGGUCGAUCGAUAAUCUCAAAGGACGAUAUCAAUGAUGUUCAUUCAUUGUUCCUUGAUGCUAAACGUUCUUCAAAACAUCUAUCAGAGAAAAACAACAAGUUUAUGAUGUAAUUUAUUAUUUAGUUUCUCUCUUUAUUAAUUUGUUUUGGCGGAAUUCUUUUAUAAUUUUAAUUUUAUGCGUUCACAUUUGAUUAAUCAUUAAACGAGUUUCAUUCCAAGCUAAA